GCAAAGCAUUGGGUGAAUACCUUGUCCCCGGUCGGCGAUCACCGUCAGGGUCGCAUGUCCCUUCAGACCGAGCUGCCGUCGUCGAAGGCGAAGAGGGAGCAAGCUCUUCGCAGCAUCCUCGCCGCGAGAAGACGACAGAUCUUGAGUCAACGACCAAUCGAAUCGCGGAAUCUGAACCGCACACCGAGACCGCUCGAACCGUCGCCGAAGGAUUCGCCGGAUGUGCUGGAGGCGCAGGAGACCAGGCACGGAAUGUACGUAACAGCGUCGUCCAAGGCGGAGCUACCGAUCGCGGACGAGCCAUCGAGCAGGAUUAUCGUGGCCGAUUUAGCGGGCAAAGACGCGGACGUCGAGCUCGUCUCUAAGGAGCUAGAAGGCGAGCAGGUGGCCGAGCGUACCACGAGAAAACCGAGCAACGAGAGCUCGCCGGCGUCAAGCGUCGAGGGUAAACCGGCCUCCGGUAACUCGAGAAGCAAUUACUCCAUCGGCCAUAGAAAUUCUUCCUCGCCUCCGUCCUCCCCGACGUCUUCAUCGUUGCUCGCCAGCAGUCAGAAACCAACGGACGCGGACGCCCGCAAAAAGAAUAUCGUAUCGAUGCCCGAGUCGCUGUACAAUUAUUUCAGGCCCGUGGAGAGCAACAUACCGGUCGAGGACAUGUCGCAGUUUCUUUACUUCGGCCAGAAGAUCCAGUCGGAGGCGCACACCAGCACCGGGAACACCGAGGCGACGCCGACGUCACCGAUCGCCUCCAUCUCGCGACGCAGAUACUCCAUGAAACGAUUCGGCGCCACCACUCCGGUACCCAGGUUGGAGGAAAUCAUGAACGAGGAGAUGAACAUCGCCGUGGAGCGACGCAUAGUGGAGAAGAACAAGGUCUCCAAGAUCAAGAACGCGUUCAGGGGCCCGGAAAACGGAGUGUACUACAGGAAAGCCAGGCCCACGGAUCCCACGAUUGCCUCGAACGUUAUCCUCGGGAAUUCCACGGAGACGGUCUGCGGAACGGACUCUCCCGACGAUAACCCGUCCGCUCACGCCGACAGGGACCAGCUGCGCCGCGAGAGAGGAAGUCCUCCUGCCCACGUGCCCGCGGAAUCGAGGAAUGCGAGCAACUCGACCCAGAUACCGCAGCCCGUUUCCGCGGAAAGUGAAAUCGAGUUUAGGGAGCUCGACGAAACGGACACGGAGAUGUUCGGGGACCACACCGAACAGAGGAUCAGAAGGGUGGACAUCUUCGACGUACCCCAGAAUCGAUCUCGAGCUCCGAGUGCUCGCGAGAGCAACAACAUCGAGACGUCGACGUCCAGGGAGAAGAUCGCUCGAUCGAGCACGGAACCGUUCUGGACGUCCCCUGAGACCUCCACCCUGCGGAUAAUCGUAACCGAGGGCAGCUUGGAUCAGGGUUUCGCGGCGGGCACCGACGCCGUAGAGAAGUAUACCGUUAAACCGGUCGAUUCCACGGAGGAACGAGUUCGCAGCCUCGCUUCCGGCGAGGCUCCCACUCCGGGUGCACCGACGGCCGCGACGACGCGGACCAAGGGUCGACACCGGGAACAGAAGCAUCGGGAUCAGGGGCAGCAUCGACAUCGGGAACAACAGCAGCAGCACGUGUACGCGUACACGAUAACGAACGUGACGCGGCUAUUGCGCAACUACACCGGACCUGGGUUAAGCAGAGAGGAACAAGGAGGUUCCGAGCGGGGCACCGGUACGACCGAGAUAACGACCGGAUCGGUGCAGCGGCGUCAGCCGCCGCCGCCGUCUCUUCUUCUGCUUCCUCGUGCCGGUAGUGGUAUAGAGGCGGACCGAGCGCCGGCGGAACUCAGUGCCGGCACGACCGUCGAAGCAGUCGCAGCUGGUGGAGCGUCCACUGGUCACCUGGUGGGGGAACGACAGAGGAAAGUCGUAACAGUCGCGCCUCAGACGGGGGAACGCGCGGUCAACGGUGCAUCGACGCAGCUGACCGUAAACAAGAGCGGACCGAGGCCGGGCAAACCGACGGAAGUCGCUAGCAGAGGCGCCGUCCGAUGGAACCACACUAGGGCCAGGAACGACGAACUCGAGGGCGUAGGGGACAGACGGUUCCUCAGGAAGUCCGCGAGCGCGGUGCUCAAUCAGAGAAUCGGGGCCAACGGCGACGAGGACGCGGCGGUCGGGAAAAGGCGACGGACAAAUGGCCAAAUCAGAAGGGUCAAAGGUAUUCACGAUCGAACGACGAAUGGAUCCGUCUCGAGGAACGAUGAGGACACUGUGAACCGGACUACCGAACUCGCCAUGACGACGGAAAGCGUCACCGCGGCCGAGGAAGUCGGUUCGACCACCCCUCAAACGGUCGUUAAUACCACGGAGGAGGACGCGAGCAAUCUGACGGAGGCGGUGACUUCGAUGGACAGUGACAUCGGUGAUACCAAAGACAAAAAUGAGAACGAAAGUGUACGCGGUUCGUCGUCCGUGACAGUGACCGUGGACGAAACCGUCGGGCCCAGAGAAACGACCGCGACACCGAUUCCGGCGCCAGUUUUCCCAGUUACGCCCAGAAUAAUCGCGGAAACCGUUCGCGAGAAGGAGACUUUCACCGUGAGUCCAACGGAGCCCAGCCAGGCGACGGACGCGAAACCGACCGAGCCGAACAAGCCCUACGGGAUGGCCAACCUGGACCCAUCGGAGAUCCAAAAGAUGUAUCGAUCCAACGCGACCGUACCUACCCCCGCGACGACGAUAGAAGCGCCCACGACCGCGAUCACCACGAUAGAGACUCCGACAACGCGGGACCAAAGCGCUACUUCCGACUCGAAACCAGAUCCAGAUUCGCCGAGACGCGUGUCCGGCGAGAGAUCCCCGGAAGUCAGAGGGCGAAACCUGUCCGACAAAUCGAAAGACAAGGACGACGUGUUGCCCAUAAUGCAGCUGUACAACACCUCGGAUAUAUUCAACGGCAGCGGACCCAUGAACUCGUUCUCCCGCGGAACGGAACGUCGAGUCGAGCUUCCGGUGGAGUCCAAGCAACCGGACGUUUCCAGAACGACCGAGAAAGUCAACGACACGGUCACCCCGAAAAGUUCGCCCGGCGACGGUCCCAGCACCAACCGUGUCCCCGUUUCCGAGACGACGAGGAAGGACAAGCACGACGACGCUCGCGAAACGUCCUCUCACGUGCCGCCGACGGGCCCGGGCAGAGGGCCCGUGAAUGGGAACAGGACGAGACACAGGCCCCUCUAUCAUCACGCGAUCCUCCCGGAAUACAACAUCUCUGUGUACCCCGACGAACUGAACAGGACGUUCUUCGACACCGGUCUGAUAUCGGUCAGUCCCAGGGAAUCGGUGAAUGUCAGUGAAGUGAUAUCGAAGAGACACGACGGGGACGCCAUCGCGUCCCAGGAAACGGUCGCCGUGGUCAGCUACAUCCUAGCGACGCUCGUCGUCUUCCCCAUCGCUGUCGGCGUUGGCCUCAUUCUUAGAAGACUGAUACUUAGGAAUCGUAAGGUGCUCGAGGAGUCUGACACAUCGUCGGAGAUAAGUUGCCGGAAGGACGCGCUGAACCUUGAAAACGGAGACUUCAAAACGUCCAUUGAGAAGGCGAUCACGAAGUUACCGAGGAUACAACACUUGUGUCACGAAGCGGAGAAGCCGCCGCCUCCGUCGUCGCAGGAAUCUAGAUGGGAGUUUCCUAGAGAUAAGCUUAGGUUACAGACGGUCCUCGGCCAAGGAAACUUCGGCCAGGUCUGGAAGGCUGAAGCUGACGAUCUGACCGGUCAUCAAGGAACGACUCGUUUAGUGGCCGUCAAAACAGUCAAAGAAGGUGCUUCCGAUCGAGAGAAAGAGGAUCUGGUUCGAGAACUCGAGAUCAUGCAACAACUCGGUAGUCAUCCUAACGUUGUCACCCUCCUUGGUUGUUGCACCGAGCAAGAGCCUCAUUAUCUCAUACUCGAGUACGUGAUGUACGGGAAACUGUUGGCGUAUCUGCGCGAUCAUCGUACCAGGCAGGAUUUCUACAAUUUCAGCGAGGACUCGGCCGCCCUUACGUCCAGGGAUCUAACAGUUUUCGGAUACUGCGUGGCAAGAGGAAUGGAGUAUCUCGCAUCGAAGAAGAUCAUCCACCGUGAUCUCGCCGCGAGGAACGUGUUGGUGGACCACAACAAGCUGUGCAAGAUCGCGGACUUUGGCAUGUCCAGAUUCGCGAACGAGGACGGCGAGGUGAUCGAGACCAGACACGGAAGGAACGCCCUGCCCAUCAGGUGGAUGGCCCCGGAAUCCUUGAUCUACUCGCUCUUCACCACUAAGACUGACGUAUGGAGCUUCGGGAUCCUGAUGUGGGAGAUCGUCACCCUAGGUUCGACACCGUACCCGGACAUGACGGCACGGGAAGUCAUGCGGAACGUGCAGAACGGUUAUCGACUGGAGAGGCCUUCGCACUGCCGAAGCGAGCUGUUCAGGGUGAUAUCCCGAUGCUGGCACGCCGAUCCAGACCGCAGGCCGGAAUUCCAGACGCUGAGGAGGGAUCUGGCGCAGCUGCUCGAGGACAACAUGAACGGACAUUACGUCGAUCUCGAGAGCUUCGCGUCGGAGUGCACCGAUUGAAAACUCCAGCCAGAAAUUUCGGGAACCGUCUCGCCGACCCUCGAGUCUCCCACGCGCUAGAAAUCCGCGAUCGAUCGAUCGACGCGCCAGAGGGAUGACACGGCCCUCUCGGAGCUCUUGGGACGAAGCUAGGAGUCGAGAAAUUGAAAAUUCCUCGAGAAAGAGAGUACGAAUUUUUAUGAAGCAACGCGAUGUCGAUGAAUGCAAGUGGGUGAGCCAAAAUAAAUUGGGAACAAUUGCAAGAAAUUCUGAAUAUUUUUUGGGCUUUUUAAUAAAUGGAAUCGUACUCAGUUCUUCUGGGGAAUAUUUAUUCCGAAAGAAACGAGGGAAUCUUUGAUCGUGAUAAGCUCAUUUUGCACUCCGUAACGAUAAUGAUUUCGAAGCUAACAAAUUUCGGGAGUAAUUUAUUUUUGAUACGUGAAACAGAAUUUACCGAACACGUGCUUUGCAGUGCGUUUGCAUUUCCCUUUGUCGAAAGUGAGAAACGAAUACGAAUCCGUCCGAAAGCCUUCGAUUCGUCCAAAGCACAGUGCUAUUGCAGACUUUUAUGCUAGUUGCGCGCCAGUAAGACGAAAAUCGUUAAGAUAUAUCGAAUAACGAUAACUGUUAAAAUACGCACAAGAUGACUUAUUUCGCAGACGUUUGAAAUAUUGUUUCAAAAGCGUUCUGUCACCGAAUCCUUUUAAAAAGUAUUUUUACGAACCAAUCUCUUCGAGCAGGUGCUUAAAGGAUUCGCAAAAGUGCUAAUAUUUAAUCUUCCGAGAACAACGCGUCGUGUGGAAAAUAUUCAGUGGACCCUGAAGAAAUUAUCGAACGUGAGAGUAAUUUUGGACGAGAUCGUUUUGUACGAAACGAAGAGAAGAACGACGACAACGCAAAUAAGAAUAUAAUACUUCGAAGACAGAGACAUUCUUUUGGUUCUCGAAAGCGGAGAAAAUGUUUGGAAAGGUCUAAGUAUUUCGUUUUAGUAUUAUUAUGUAUCUAGCGUUCUCAAUUAAUGCGCCAGUCAUCGAGCGUUCGUUCGCGUCGGUGUUUUUUUUACUCAACGCAGACGUUUGUUGCAUCGAUACAAACGUUCAAUAAUUGAUAAAAGAAGACCAGCAAAUUUAUUCGACUCUGAUAAGAUAAUUUUAACAUUGUUCGUUGACUGUAACGACGCGUGUCUCGAUUGUAUAAGCAACAAGAAUAAAUUGAAAAUUUACAAAUUCAAAAAUCUAACAUCACAACUUUACGCAAUAAUUUUCCCCCCCAAUGAUUUCACCGGUUUUGAUCUUUGAACAGGAGUCUGCGUUCCGAUGGAAAUUCUCUGCUCAUAACAAGAAACCCCGACGUGCAAACGAUCGAUCAUGCAACUCAUCGCGCCGCGAAAUGAUCGCGUUUUGACGAUAUCAUUUUGUCCCGCGUGUCUUAUAUAGUGACGAAUCCUCAUUUCGGAGCAUUGUACAUAAAAUCGCAUUAUUAAAACGGGUCGAAAAAGAAACGACCCCCUCUUCAAUCAUCGCCCUAUCAUCUGUAUCGAGGAUUAUUAUUUUUAUUAUUAUUAUUAUUAUUAUUAUUAUUAUUAUUAUUAUUAUUAUUAUUAUUAUUAUUAAUAUCUGUAUUAUCACUGAUUAAUCGUUAUUAAGCAC